GUUACACGUGACAAGUUCCAUCGUGUGAGCACUGGAUACAGAGAUAAGACUCGACAUGUCUUUUUUCACUGCUGUCGACGUCGAAGUGUAGGACCUGUCCGCCAUGUUGACCCUGAGUUUCCUUCUGUUGGGGGUAGCCCUCUGCUAUGCUUCUAUCGAAUCCGCAACAGACCGUCUGUUUCUACUGAAGGACGAAGAUCGUGACGGCAGUAUCUCCAACAAUGAGAUGAUGACGUAUCUCGUCGGCUGUGACAUCAAUUCUGACAAGCGUUUGACGGAGGCUGAGUUCUUCCACUGUUCAACCAACCGGAACCACAACAUGCACCCCUUCGCCGUGAGCCUCUUCCACGCCUUCGACAUCGGACACCGCCGCUGGAUCACCCUUGACGACGCCGGGAUCAAGUCAAUAAUGAACGCAUUCGACGGCGACGCAAAUGGUUCGGUGGACAAGGCUGAGUUUGAAGGUUAUCUUCACCACCGUCUUCACCACGGAAGCAACCAAUAAACAUCACGACGCCAAAUGUUCGUUUGUUUUUCGAAACAAUCAGAAGCCCAAUGAAUUGUUCAAUAAACGCGAAUUUCAUAAA